UUUCCUAGAGCAAACACAUUAUACUUAGCCAUGGCUGCUUUUUCAAACAAAAUCUUCCUUCUAUCCCUGAUCAUGAUGGCAUUAUCAUCAGCUUCAACCAUCCAAGUAAGUGAAGCAGCUCGCCACCUUUUGCAAACCUCUCAACCAGCAAUUCCAGCAGUUCCUUCAAUACCAACAUUGCCUUCCAUGCCAAACUUGCCAGCUGCAGCAUUGCCACCAUUACCUACAAAUCUUCCAUCUUUGCCAAAGCCCGCAUUGCCAACAUUGCCCACGGUUCCUAAGGUGGCCGUCCCUCCCAUUCCAGCUGCAACUUCAUUGCCAAACAUCCCAUUUACGAUUCCUUCAAUCCCAUCUAAUAUCCCAACCUCAAUUCCUUCAAUUCCUUUCUUCUCACCACCACCAUCUAACUAGAACUUGAGACGUUGAGGGGCUGGCUAUACUGCCUUAUACAUGCAUGCAUGUUUCAUUUCUUCCUAUGGAUUCCGAUGUUUUUUCAUUUUGGAUUAUUGUACUUCCAUUUAAUACAUGUGUUUGAUGAAUUAAUCUAGAUCAUGAUUCUACUCUAUAUCCAGGGGAUUUCAAGGCAGUGAUUAUUGUACUUCUUUUUUAGCUUUUUACACUGCAUUGUAAUAUGUUUAUGGUAUUA